AUGGCAGAAUCAAAGGGAUAUCGUCUUGGGGUUGACGUUGGAGGCACCUUCACAGAUAUCUGUGUCAUCACGCCUGAGGGUAAGACAGUGCGCGCAAAGGUGCCGACCAACGUGACCGAUCAAAGCAUCGCGGUCAAGGAGGGCGUGGACCAAGUCCGCAAGCUUCUUAAAGAGACCUACGGAUGGGAUGGGCGGUUUGAGUAUAUUCACCAUGGCACCACCACCGCCACCAAUGCCAUCCUAGAGGGCAAGGGCGCGAAAACCGGCCUGAUAGUGACGGCUGGCCACAAGGAUGUUCUAGCCUUCAGGAGAUCGCAAAUACCUGGUGGGCUCGGCGCGUGGAUCAACUGGCAGCAACCUACGCCCAUAGUGCCCCUCGAGCGGACGGUCGAGGCGCCUGAACGUAUCUCUAUCCAGGGCGAUGUCGUGCGACCACUGGAUCGAGAAGCUUUCCGAGAGAGUUUGCAAGAUCUAAAAAGGCAGAAGCCUGAUGCCAUCGCCGUCAGUCUCAUCAACUCGUUUGCAAAUGCUACGCACGAGGAGGAAAUCAGACAGGUCCUCAAUGAAGAGUUCGGCCCCGACGUCGAGGUUGUAACAUCAAGUGAGAUUCUUCCCGAGAUACAAGAAUAUGAGCGGACAGUCACCACGACUGCGAACGCAAUUGUCAAGCCAAUCGUCAAGCGAUACAUGCAGGGUCUCGAGAGACUGCUUGCAUCUGACACCGACACAAUCCGCAUCCUCAAGUCUGACGGCGAUUUGACUUCUGUUGGUCUAGCAGGCCAACAGCCAGUGAACAUCUUGAUGAGUGGUCCAGCGGGAGGUGUCAUUGGUGUUGGCCAUGUUAUCUCCAAGAACACGCCUUACAAGAACCUCAUCACCCUAGAUAUGGGAGGCACCUCAACUGACUGUGCCCUGAUCCCUGGGACCAAUGCUGUGCUGCGCCGCGAGACUGUCGUGGGAGCAUUGACAGUGAAAGCACCUUCAGUCGAUGUCCGAACCGUCGGCGCGGGAGGCGGCUCCAUUGCCAACUACAACACCUUCACAUCCGCUCUUCGGGUUGGGCCUGAGUCGGCGGGGGCGUCGCCUGGUCCUGCCUGCUAUGGCAAGGGUGGCAGCCUGGCAACAGUGACCGAUGCCAAUCUGGUGCUUGGAUACCUCCCUUCAAAACUACUUGGGGGAAAGUUCAGUCUCGAUGUCGACGCAGCCGCCAAAGCCCUCGAGGACAUCGCGCAGCAGAUGGGCAUGAAAGCCACCCAGGCAGCAGAGGGAAUCAUUGAUCUCGUGAACGAAACCAUGUACAGUGCCCUCCGACUGGUCUCGGUCGAACAGGGUUACGACCCAAGAGACUUUGCUUUGGUCGCCUUCGGAGGUGCUGGCCCCCUCCACGCCAACGCCGUCGGCAAGCUUUUAGGGUCGUUCCCUAUCAUCAUUCCACCAGCGCCUGGCAUCCUCUGUGCACAAGGCGACGCUACUACCAAAAUGUCUCAUGAGCAGUCUUGUACCUACAUCAAGCUCUUCUCAGCGAUCUCAGCCGAGGAUCUGCGUGCGAUGUAUGAUCAACUCAAAGUCAGCUGUACCGAAACCAUGAUGGAGGCCCUUGGAGAGAAGUCUCCUGCCCUCCUCAUUUCUUACCAAGCAGACAUGCGGUAUAAAGGCCAGGCUCUCACCUUAACAGUGGACAUGAAUGCCAAGGACCUGGCACUUGAUACAUCUGCUCUACUGUCAACACUACGUGAGAGAUUCGCGGCCGCCCACGAGCAGUUGUUCAGCUUCUCACUUCCUGAUACCAUCGAUAUUGAGAUCAUGCGUUUGCGCGUCAAGGCAACGGAUGACUCUCCCGACGUUACCAUCGAAGCUAUCGAGGCGGCUCCCAGCAGUACCCCGCCACAGUCUGCUGUCAUCUCUCGUGGUCCAAUCGUUGUCAACGGCCAGAAAGUCGAGGCUGUCAUCUGGGACCGGGCAUUGAUCAGUAAGAGUGGAUACAGAGUUGAAGGUCCUUGCGUCAUUACCGAGAUGGACUCUAAUACACUCAUCCUGCCGGGCUUCGUUGGCGAAAUUGACAAGAUGGGAAACAUUAUCAUCCAGCCUCAUGACAAGGCAGACACAUGGAGCGAAGAGCUUGUCAACACGGCAGAGUCGGCGCGUGACUACGUGUCGAAAAAUCCUCUGGUCCCGACACUCAUCGCCAGUGCCCUCGGUAGUAUCCGCCGCGAAAUGGACACCCUCAUGCUUCGAUGUGCCAUGAGCCCGGCUAUCAGAGAACAGCAGGACGAAUUCAAUGUCAUCACGAACUCCCGUGGCCAGAUGCUUGUUGGCCAAUUUGGCAGUUUCAUCAGCCAGUUCCUCGAGAAUUGGACAGGCACAAUUGAGGAGGGCGACGUCUUUGUGACCAACGACGUGUAUCAGACAAAAGGCGCUGUUUCCCAUCUGAACGACGUGAUUGUCCUUCUACCUAUUUGGUACCAGGGCAAGAUCGUUGGAUGGGCGGCCAAUUUUGGCCACUUGACUGACGUCCAAGGCAAAGUUCCUGGAUCCAUGAGUAUUGGGGCGUCGACCAUUUUCGAGGAUGGGCUCCAAAUCCCGUCAGUGAAGCUCUACUCCAAGGGCGAAUUCAACAGCAGCCUCCUGGAUGUUUUCAUGCGCAACAGUCGAAUCCCCGAGUGGUUCCAAAGCGAUCUGACAGCUCUUGUUGCCGCUUGCAAGACAGCUGCUACACGAGUUUGCGAGUUAUGCGAUCGGUAUGGCCUUGAGGUCUAUCGCGCCGCCACCGACUAUCUUCUAGAGCGGUGCCGCUCGGCCAUUGGCGAGAUCAUCGAGACGAAAUUCGGCAACGAGCGCAGCAGUUUCACCGACUUUGUUGACGACAAUGGCCUAGGCCUCGGCCCAUGGAAUAUCUCCUGCUCCAUGCAAAAGGAGGGCAACCGUCUGAUAUUCGACUGGGAUGGCACCUCACCUCAGUCAAACAGCAGCAUGAAUUAUUACCUCUCGACGCCAAUGUUCAAGAUGUUCAUCGGUUAUUUCCUACUGGCCGUCUACGACCCUUUCUGUGUUGUCAACGACGGCUUCCAUGAUCUCAUAGACCUGCGGGUACCGGAGGGAACCAUCCUGCGACCAGUCCGGCCUGCCGCCCUAUCGUGUCGAACGCACUUGCUUGGACGUAUCAUGGAUGUCAUCCAAGCGCUGAUGGGCCAGAGGAACCCAUCGUACCGCUCUGCCGCCGGGUUCUCCGACUCACCGCACCUUUUCUACUCCGGUUUCAAGGAUUCAGGCGACUGGUUCUUGCUCUAUCAGAUUGGGUUUGGUGGAGUACCGGCCAGGCCCAUUGGUGACGGACCAGACUGUCAUUGCUUGUUCCCGGCCAUCAAAAGCAUUCCUACGGAGAAUAUUGAACUUUACUUCCCGCUGAGAAUCGAAGCCAACGAGAGCGUGGCUGACUCGGGUGGCGCGGGCUUUUACCGGGGCGGAAACGCGCAGCGGACUCUUUACCGCUUCCUCUGCCAAGGCGAGGUGUCCCUCCACGACGACCGGUGGCUGACGAAACCGUGGGGUGUCAACGGUGGCGAGCCCGGCAUGCGUAGCAGGAAGGGCAUCUGGCGCAACGACUCAUAUGGAACGGACACCCCUGAUUACCAGAUUCUGCCCUCCAAGAUGGACCAUCUGGUUGUCCAACCCGGUGACGUGCUUGAGUGGGUGACCUGGGGAGGUGGUGGCCUCGGCGACCCCCUGACCCGUCCUGCCGAGAUCGUUGCUGCUGAAGUCCACCGGAAGCUGGUGACCUUUGAGGGAGCCAGGAAGAAUUAUGGUGUCAUUGUCAACAAGGGUGACUUUUCCGUCGACACCGAGGCAACGGAGAAGUUGCGAGCCGAGCUCAAGGCGGCGCGGCCGGCAACGUGGGGAGAUCUGACCUACAAUCGUGGCGGGACCCUCGAGGAGAUUCUGGCCGACGCUGAAGCAGAGACGGGCCUGAAGCUGCCUAAGCCAGUGUGGGAGCAGACACCUUACGGGCCACACGUGGCACUUCCAUAUGUCAAGAACUGGUACAAGACAAUGAGAGAACAGAAGGGAUGGGUUCUCAAUGAUUCUGUCAAGGUUUGA